GAAAGGGCCAGAGCAAAGGUCCCUCCGACCAGCCUUGUCAUAUUUUCCACUGCCAAUGUCCCUUAGAACAUGGAGGAAAUUAUGGCAUUUCCCAAUCUUAAACUCUCUCUCUCUCUCCUCACACCAUAAAAGCCCUCAUUGAACAACAACAAGCACUUCCUACUUCCAGUCCUUCAAGCAACAAAACCAUCAAUCCCAAGUGAGCAAACUCAGCAUGCUACACACAAGUAAAUAAACAAGACCACCUCAAUCAUUGUGGUCGAAUCCAACCAAAGCAAAGCCAAAUACUUUGCCCUUCUUGGUCACUCACCACCACCCUUUUGCAUGUUUAAAGGAGAAGGAUUCUCAUCUUUAGAAAGAAAAAAAAAAAGACAACAAAAAAGUUGAAAGAGUUUAUAAAGAGAUGGAGAUUGAGUCAGUGAAGUGCGAGUGUUGUGGAUUGAAGGAGGAUUGCACCCAAGACUACAUCAGCGAAGUGAAGUCCAAGUUUGAUGGGAAAUGGUUGUGUGGGUUGUGCUCAGAAGCAGUGAGAGAUGAAGUGAGCCAUGGAGGAAAAAAGGCAUCAGCUAUGGAUGAAGCUGUGAAGGCUCACAUGUCAUUUUGCCGUAAGUUCAAAUCAAACCCUGCAGUUAGAGUUGCAGAAGGGAUGAGGCAGAUGCUACGGAGAAGGUCUGACUUGUCAUCUUCUCCAUCUUCAUCAAAGAAGUACACAAGGUCAAGCAGCACUUCUCAAGUGGGAGAUUCUUCAAGUUUCCAUUUGUAGUAAUGAGAGAAACAGAGGAUGGGAACCGGGCAGAGGCAGAGGAGACUCUGCUUUGGUUGGAAUAAAAAGUUGAUAGGUUUAGUUUUUUUUUCUUCUUCUUGUCAUGUACAGGAAGUGCCAUUUCAGUCUUUUCUUCUGUUUUAUUUUUUAUUUUUUCAAGUAAUCUCUAGUUUGGUAUCUCUAAUCCUCUUUGUCGUCUCUUUGUUUACUUUCUUGGCUAACUAGAGACCUAGUUUUCAAGAAGAAAAAAAUGAAAAGAUGAUCUCAAUCAACUUUGUCUCCUUCAAAA